CCUCUACUGCAAUCAACAAUGGCAAAUGAACCGGUGAUUCUGAAUGUUUAUGACAUGUACUGGAUAAAUGAAUACACCUCCACUUUGGGGAUUGGCGUCUUCCACUCUGGCAUCGAGAUCUACGGCAGAGAGUUUGCCUAUGGAGGGCAUCCCUACCCUUUCAGUGGGAUUUUCGAGAUCACACCUGGAAGUGCGGUAGAACUUGGGGAGACCUUUAAAUUCAAAGAAUCCAUUGCCUUGGGCACUACAGACUUCACAGAAGAGGAUGUGGAUAAGAUUAUGGAAGAGCUGGGCAAGGAGUACAAAGGCAACGCGUACCACCUGAUGCACAAGAACUGUAAUCACUUCUCUGCUGCUCUGGCUGAGAUCCUAUGUGGGAAAGAGAUCCCCCGCUGGGUGAACCGCCUGGCCUACUUCAGCUCGUGCAUCCCCUUCCUCCAGAGCUGCCUCCCUAAGGAGUGGCUGACCCCAGCAGCCCUGCAGAGCCACAUCAGCCUCGGCCUCCACAAGGAGGAGCAGGGGGACACAACGGAUGAUGAGUCCCCCUCCACCUCUGCAGCCCCCUCAGCCUCAGGCACAUCUCGAACCUGUAGACAUACCCGGGUCUAAACUCUGCCCAGGACACCCUCGAAUAACAGCCCCCUUCUCUUGUUUGUUCUCACACCUUUUCACACACCUUGAUUUCUAUCUUCUCUUCUUCAACGGACAACACAGGGGAGAGAAGACCCUUUCAGCUGAGGGGGUGAAGCUUCAGUCCCUUUUCCGAGGGCUGCUGCUACAGUUGCUCGGCAAGAUGACUGUGAACCCCAACGCUGAACUGAGGAAUGUGGCGACUAAACUGGAUUCUCCUCCCAGGUCCCCCAUGCUCCUUCAUCCACAGAGAACUGCUGGCUCUCUCGGGCAUGAAAGCAUGCGUACGGGCAGGGGGGCACCAUACUGUGAUUUUCCUUCUCUGGAACUGUUUUAUCUUUUUAUCUCUUCCCCCACCCAUGUGAGCCCAGCAGCCUCCUCUCUAUUUUGGCUGGGUUUGCCGUUCCCCUAUGACAAAUCUCGUGCCCACACCCAGUGAAGGAAGCAGAGCCAGAACUCAACCUUCUCAUCUCUUAGACCAGCAACAAGUUCCACUUAGCCCCAUCCCUUUUGUAAUUAUCAGGUUUCUAACUCGUGUGAAGGACAAAUGAAAGGUGCUGCCGUUCUACAACCACCAGUUUUCAGUACUCAAAUUUCAGAGCUUGAAUGACUGUCCUGCUCUUGAAAAUAAUAACAAAGAACCUAGAA